AUGGCCCCACAAAAGAUAUGCAUCGUCGGUUCUGGAAAUUGGGGUUCGGCCAUAGCCAAAAUUGUUGGCAACAAUGCCCUGGCCAAACCAGAUCAGUUUGAUCCGGAUGUGAGCAUGUGGGUGUUUGAAGAGCAGAUUAAUGGUCACAAGCUGACACACAUCAUCAACACACAACAUGAGAAUGUCAAAUACCUCAAAGGAAUCAAAUUGCCAGACAGGGUGGUUGCCAUACCAGAUGUUGUUGAUGCCAGCCGUGGGGCAGAUAUUCUGGUCUUUGUCCUGCCUCAUCAGUUUGUUCACGGAGUCUGUGAGAAGUUAAAGGGCAACAUAAAGCCAACUGCCGUUGCUGUCACAUUGAUAAAGACCUUAAAGAUACCUUGCUGUAAGGACACACAAUUGGGACAACACCUGAAGGCAGUCUUCCAGACAAGUUAUUUCCGCAUUGUGGUUGUGGAAGAUGAGACAACAGUGGAAGUUUGUGGGGCACUCAAGAAUAUUGUAGCAACUGCCGCUGGUUUCACAGAUGGUCUAGGUUAUGGAGACAAUACAAAGGCAGCAGUCAUCCGACUUGGUCUCAUGGAAAUGAUUAAGUUUUGUGAGAUAUUUUACCCAGGUUCUAGCUUGUCAACUUUUUUUGAGAGCUGUGGAAUUGCUGACUUGAUUACAACAUGUUACGGAGGCAGAAACAGGCGCGUGGCGGAAGCUUUCGUCAAAACUGGCAAGUCGAUUGAACAGCUAGAGAAAGAGAUGUUGGAUGGGCAGAAGUUGCAAGGUCCUCCAACAGCUUUUGAAGUGAAUUAUAUGUUGAAAGCAAGAGACAUGGAAGAAAGAUUUCCUCUGUUUACAGCAGUGCACAGAAUCUGCACUGGAGUGAUUCCAGUACAAGAGAUGGUCCAAUGCCUGAAGAAUCACCCGGAACACAUGUAG